GUAAGGUGGAAAUUAUUCUGAAUUUUGAAAUAUUAGACCUUUUUGUAGAGAAACUUUGGAGAGAAGUACAUGGAUUGUUGACCGAAGAUGAGCGAAAUAAAAUAGAAUGGACUAAAGACAAAUUGCCAGUGACUGGAAGUUGGAAUAUAUAUAACCUCAUUUCACCAUUACAUUUUAAGAGGAAAGCUAAAGUAGAGGGACGGGCGGAGGAUCUAAUCGAGAAAUAUGAAAUCAAAUUUGAAUAUUUGAAUGAAGGAGCAGUGGGAAGGAUUGUAAAAUUCAAACCUGAUAUAGCGUUUGUAUCUCCAGAAAAUGAUGUCUUAGUCUUAGAGCUUGCAGAACUAGAGUCUGAACCAAGAUUCUUUAAUCUAGUGGAAUAUAACAUUUCUGAAGAGAAGAUCCACGUGUUUGGUCAUCCUGAUGGAAUCCCACUUCAGCAUGAUCCGGGAUGUACAGUUAUAAACAAUGAAACAAAACUUGCUGAAUUAAAAAAGGAAGGAAUUGCUUUCUUUAAAAAGGAGUUGCCAGAUAAGGAAUGCGAAAUAAAAGAUGACUAUGCCCUGUGUGAAAUAUCUGAGGACAAAAUUUUAUUUCAUAGCUCCAGCAGUACUGCUAAGGGUGCUUCUGGUGCCCCUCUCACUAUCGUUGUUAAUGACACCAUUAAAGUGUACGGGAUGCUUUUAAAUGGACACCCCAAAGUAUUUUAUAAUUAUUUCAAUAAGAAAGACAUGAAACGUCAUGAACUGCUGGUGGAGUCGGGGAUCUCCAUGAGAAAAAUAAGAUCUUUACUUGAAUCCUGUUUACCUGAAUUUGAACAGGAGUUGUUCUGAGAUACGUUAUCAGUGAAUUU